AAUGGCUUAUGGGAAUCGCAUAAUAUGCAUGUUUUGGAAACGACGCAUUUUAUAGAAUGGCGAAUUUGCGUUCUGUAUUAUUAAUUUUCGACAUUUUUUGGGCUUUUGGCUUCAUCACGAUAUUUGGAGAUGGUAUGUAUUAUGUCUGUUUACCAAUGUGGUUGGCUGGUUGAUUAUUUCUACAGUUACGAUGUUUUGUUUUGCCAGUGCACUUGUCGCCAUGUUGAUUGAAAAUUAUGCGAUGUUUAUCUACGUUCAUGAAGUAUGUUAGUUUAAGGCUUCAUGAUUUAAGUAUACUACAUGAUAGACGGUACAUAUGUUAAAGACAAUAAGACAUUAAUUGUUCCACUCUAUGGAAUUAUUUGUAGUUUCUUUUUGUGGCAUUAAUAUAAUAUGCCAUGCGUAUAAAUUCUUUCGAACGAUUCAACGAUCUGUGACUCUGCGCCAAGCUGCGGAUCGUUUAAUUUUUCAGGUAGUUUUGCAAUGGUUUAAUUUAGUUCCCUAGUUGGUAGUAAUUAGUAAACUGUUACCCCCAUGUCACAUGUGUAUAAUGAAAUUUGGACACCAUUUUGUUUACAAGACUUGGCAGCCAUCCAGAAAUUGUGACCAGUGACCUGUGAUCAUGAAAGAGUCGGCAUGAGCAGUCUGAUUAUAUUAACUCAAUUUGAGGAGUAAAAAUGUGUGCUGUUAGACAGAGUAAGAUUAAUAGUAUGGCACAUUAGGGUGCAUUUGCAAUGCAACUUAAUGAGUUAAGGAUUGUCAAACAAAUGUGCUUCAGGGAUAUGUGUGGAAAACUGGGAGAAAUUUAUAAUCCAAUCAGUCUACUGAUUAAAUACAAAAAGGUGAGAAACAAAAUGGCUAAUAAUGGCCAAUGCAAACUAACUAACAGCUUACUGCAAAUACUUACAGUAGCACUGACAGAAAAAUGCUGUUUAACCCAUCGAGCACCAGCCAGCACUCCCCCUUGACAAGUAAAAUAAUUUGGCGUGAGACAGAAUAAACUGAUAAAGUAGGGUGCACUGGUGUGCAAUGUAACUCAAUCAGUUAACUAGACAGAUGGUCUGAUUAACCCAUUGAGAGCCAGCAAUCCAGCAUUCCCCCCUUGAUGAGUAAAGUAGCCUGGCAUUAGACAAGUAAAAUUAUGAAGUAGGGUGCAUUGGGGCAGUAUGAAACUCAAUGGGGUAACUAAUGUAAAUAAUUUGUUAGCAUUAAUAUUUUAAGUUAAAAAUUUGAUAAGUGUGACCUUCGAUUGGGCAAUCUGGACUAAAUUGGGUGAGUUGGCAGGUCUGAUAAAAAUCUUGGUUUCAGGUUUGACUAAAUCAAGUUCUCAUGUGUGUUGGUAGCUGCAUGAGUGCUGUAAUAUGGGUUUCUGGUCAUUCAGCGCCUAAACCAUACUUACUGUAUAAUCGGCUAAGUACAUGAAUGCCAGACACCAUGGGACCAUGGGUGCUCAGGGCAGCUACACGAGUGCCAAAAAAGUGAGUGCUGGGCAGCUACAUGAGUGCUGAAGCCUGAAAUUAACCAUACUGUACUGCCUUGCUGUUCAGCUACAUGAGUGCUGAAAACAUACUGUAGGUGCCGGUCAGCUACAGAGGCAUGAGAGGUGGUGGGUAGUAAACUUUUAAUUUUAAAGAAAUAUUUGUUUAUAAAUUUUAGUACAAUCUGGUACGACUUUUUCUUAAAGUAUGGCUCUAUACAUAUAUGACCAAUAGAUAUGUAUGUAAAAAUUCAGUCUAAAUACAAUUUUAUGCAUGUGCCUCCCCCACCCCUUCCCCCCAACGUUUUUUCAAUGUGCCCUUUUUCCAAGCCUAAAGGCUAAACAUAGCAAAAAUGUUCUAAUAGAAGAAGUACAUGACUGUACAUACUACUGUACCCUUAAUAGACUUAAUAAGACGAAGACUCGAAGUGCCCUUCUACUGUAACUUGAAUGAUUAGUUGCCUCCAGUAUGCAUAUUCCAGACCACAUUUAUAUUUAAUAGACUGCCAGAGCUUACCUCAUGUUUUAGACUGCUAAAUCAUACUUUCACAUUAAAUAUUUUUGCUGAAAUUUAUUAUCUAUCAUUAGUAUUUCUGGACAAUUCACAAGACAACUGUGUUGGAAUCAUUAAUAAUGCGUCAUUGAAACAAAACUGGACACACUAUACAAAUAUAAAAAAUAGCUACUCAUGCCUCAAGACUUGUUUACAGAAACAUGAAAGGUAAGUUAUGAUAUAAACCACAAUAAAAUGUUGAUCAGUGAUGAGUGGUUAAAACUGAUGAACAGUAAAAAAGCCAAGUGGUUGAAUUCACCAUAUCAUGUAAACUGGAUUGAACUAGUUAGUUUGAACUACCCAGUCAUUUCGCAAAGACGUCAUUUUUACUUCGCGCGGUUAAAAUACUCGCCCAAUAAAGCAAGGGGGAAAUUCUGAGGCGGACUUGUGUCGAGUCUAUCGGAAAGGACGUCAAAUUGGCUUUAGAAUAGGCCACGGUCAAACGUUGAAAUUUUCAGUUUUCAUGUGCCGAACCUAUUAAUGCAAAUGAAGUGAAACAAAGAACUUACAUGUAGCUCAUUAACAUUAGGUUUGGCACAUGAAAAGUUUGACGUUUGACCGUGUUUUUUUUUUAAAGCAAUACUACUAGUUACUGGCUUACUGCUCAGAGAAGUCUGAGCAGUAACUACUGUAUUGGCUCAGAGUUACUGCUGAAGGAGCCAAUCAAAAUGCUCAAAGCCAAAGGCCAUUUUUCAAUACUGAAAUUAUACUAAAGCCAAUUAGUGGCCGAUUUUACUGCCAUAUUUUGGGGGGGAGGGGGGUACUGUCGUACUGCCUCUCCCAGGGACAUGCUGGGGUCUUAAAAAGGACAACGAAUGACCAACGUCUGAUGGGGCCAGGCGCAGUGAACGAUGGCUCAAGAUUACUAAUAUUUUUUUCAAAAAUUGUUGGCGGGGGGGGGGGGAUUUUUUCCGGAUAUACCAAAAAAAAUUCCGGACAUAUCGUAAUUUUUCCUGGAAUAUGCAAAAAUAUUUCCGGACAUAUCGUCAAUUUUCCGUAAAUACUUAAUUUUUGCGGAAAUACUUAAUUUUUCCGGGCAUAUCGUAACUUUUCGGUGCAACAUACGGAAUGUUUUCGUGAAUUUUGAUUUUUACAAUAUAAACUGUAAUAUCUUAAUCUUGAUUUUGAAAAUUAAAAUCGCAAUGUUUGAAAAAAUUUCAAUGUUUUGAUUUUAGGGGCCCGUGAUGACAAGGGCCCAUGAUGACAAGGGCCCACAACGAGUUCUCGUUGGCUCAUCCCUAGCCAGCACGAGUCUCUGCACCACGAAAUGCGACUUUUUAGUAUUAUACUGUAGUUGUUUUCAUAAUGGUGAAUUUACAGUUACAACUUUUGACGCCGCUUUUCAUAUUGUUUGAAUUGUCUAGAAUCUUUCACAAGGGCAGACAGUACCCCAAAAAUGACGGAUUUGGCCUUCGUGAGAAGGGCUAAUCAAGUCCCCCUAUCGAGGAGCUUGGAAUUCCUCAGUCAGGGACGUACUUUCCGGAAGUGUAUUCUCCAAACAGAAAGUUAGAAUCGGAAUUCCAAUACGAGGGCAAUAGGAAUUAAACAGAAUUUUCCAUUUGGAAUUCAAUAGAAACAAUAAUUCCAAUUCAUUGCAAAUUGCGCAAAUUCAAACUGAAAUUAUGAUACAGUUUGAUACAGUAACUUUGUAAUCACUUGAACGAACAAUGUGUAGAUUUUAUAUUGUAUACCCUAAUUUCAAUAUAUUGGUCCUCUAAAUCUGCAUGCUAUUGUUUAUCGUUAGCGAGUUCAUGGUUAAAUCACGUACACAGCAAUAUUAUAGCCAGGCAUUAAAAUAGCGUGUUUUGUGACACACUUUGUGUUCUUGUAAAAGGGAAAUGUGUCCUUGUAAAUUGAAAAGUGUGUGCUUGGGACAGUGUACUUGUGUUGGUCUUGAAAAGUGGGAAUAAAUCAGGAAAAUCUAUUUCAAGCCAUUUCCCACAGCAAUUUUGUUAAUUAAAGUAAUCAUGUGUUUAUUGCCUGAUGAUAGCCAGAGAUUUCUGGUUUAUAUAUUUCUGUUUUUCUGUUUAAAAGUCAAAAAACGCCUGUAAAGUUACCAACGGCUUCAAUUAUUUUCCUAUAGGCCUAUGGUAAUGGCAAUAUCCGCAGCAAUCAUGCUAUACAAAAAUCAGGACUCGCUUUUAAGUUAUGAUAAGUUAUAAUCAUUUAGACAGCAUGAUUUAUGUACUUGUUAGAUAGCCUCAACCAUUGAUCUAAACGGCCCAAAAGUGCCGAAAACUGCGUUUCUGUGACCCCAAAUUUUAAAAUAUUUACUGACACCGCACUGAUUGAAUACAUCCGUUAGUCACACUCAUGAUUUGCAUAACCAGUCUCGGAUUUCGUAUUGCUCGAGUUAUAACGUUAUUUUUCAAGUUACCGUGAAUAGUUAAAAGUUAUUGACGGCCCGCAUUUUACUUAUAUGAAAAAAAAUUUUCACUUUAAAAAGGCACUAAAUUUUAACGAAUAUUCGAUAGGCCCUUCCUUAGUUGAUGAGUAUUUAUUAUUUAUGCAAUUAUGCUUAAGCUUGUUUGCCACACUUCCAAGUGAUUGUUGCUCUUGGCGUGGAGAUAAAGUAAAUCCUUAUUUUAAUGCCUGAUUAUAGCGUAUGUUUGUAUACUUAUGUUUAUCUUCCAGCGCGAAAACAGCAGCGUAUGGUCUAGAAUAUGGAUGUUUUUGUAAUUCUUUAAGUUAUGAUAAACUACAUUUGGAUCAGAACAAUAGAGCGUAAGUAUGAGCUUGCAUUAAACAAACUUUUGAGAUGAAAGAACAGCCAUUGUAUACUGAGGUUAUCAAUAAGAGUUACAUGCAUGUAUAUUAUUUUACGUGCACGAGGAGACGAAGCGUGUCAGACCAUGUCAUUGAGUGUUGCAAAAUAUGGUUUUCUCUUUUUGCAAUAAAGCUCGUACAUUACUGUUCAUGUACGUCUUUUUCCCUCUUUGCUUUUUGGAGAGAGGAAAUUCGUUUUAGCCAUAAAAACGGUCUUAAAAUUUCUGCAUUGACGUUCUCUAAAUAUUUUUAUUUUAGUUGUCCUCCUGGUGUCAGCGUUAACGUAUCAAACCCACAACUCAAAGUUUACAAUAUGUCCAAGUUUACAGUACGGCUUCACUUUAAAAAAUACAUUAAACGGUAUUCCAGGUUUAAAGUAGAUCUCGAAGCAUUGCUAUAUCAGAAUGGCACAUCCACAAAUGAUUCAAAAAUCCUGAAAACGGCUGCGAAGGGAAACGACUGCGUAGUUAUAGCAAGAAAAGGCCAAAGUAACACACAUAUACGGUGCUGGGGAGAUUUCAGGUUUACGUUACUGGGAGAAACUCAAAUUUGUCUCACUGAUAUGUGUGAAAAUAUAACGGUGCUUGAACAAAUUAAUAUUAGCGAUAUUAAGCUAACCCAUGAUCUUCAUGGUAUGUUGUUACGAUCCAAGAUACAAGGGACUGUUUUUAAUCUAGCUUUUUAUUUGGACGAUAAACUUGUGGAAACCGUAGAAAUAUUUGCUCAGUACGGGGAAUUAAUGUUUAAAUAUUGUACAAUUGUUUGGGAACUUCGACCGCGUCCUGUCAAGAUCAACUCAGAACGAAAACUCAUAGUACGUGCAACUAAUCCAUUAAGCCCAUUAGGUGUAAGCAAAGAAAAAACGUUCAACUACUGCAAGAGUUUGGGUAGCGUUAGUUUCGAUUUUUCAUAUGUUUAUCACCUAAUGAGUAACGAAAUUGAGACGACAAUUAACGUAAAAGGAGAUGUCACAAAGUAUGAUGAUCUGAAGUACAAAUGGUCGUUGCUGCAGGAUACUUGUGUCAAUGACAAUGUAUCUCUUCUUGCAAGUGAAACUAAUGGUAAGUUCUAGAAUUGUUUCCAUACUCCAUAGUCCAGUAGUUUAGGUCCAACCCUGUUCCCAGGUUCUUUCCUCUACAAGAGAGGAGUUAAUUUGUGAGGAAUUAAGAAAAAAUUAAAAAGGACUUUGCGGAAGAAGGCCCCCAAAUGCAAGAAUUGCAGAAAAUUGUGGAAAGUGUGAAAUUUUGGGGAAUAUUCUGAAAUGUUUUGGGUAAAGUCUUUUUGAAUGGUUGGGGUUCGUAGGGAAAAAAUAAGGGCCCCAAAUUAAAAAUUUUCCAUGGGCCCCUAAAUUCUCUGGGCGUCACUGAAUAGUGAAUAUGCCCAGUGUGCGUCUGUUAUACAUGUAUAUAUUUAAUUGUUGUGGUUUCUAUUCUUUAGUACCACAAGUAAAGGCAAUAAGUCGUUCGUGUGGUAGUCGUAAGUGUUCAGCAUGCCGAAUUAGUCUUGUUCUAGUGGACAAAGAUGGAGCUAAUUGUACUGAUCAUAAACAGUAUUCACAGAUAUUUCGGUAUCUUAACCCAAGUGGUAAGUUGGAAUUGAAAUCAGUACAUAGCUCAGGAAGGUUAGCAUUAUGUUACGGUCACAAGACCGCAACUUGCACAAGAUUUGUGCAAGUACGUAACAUAACGAUACUAACACUUAGUAACAGAAAUUUUAGACAGAAUUUUUCUUUAACGGCCUUGUCACGUUCAGUAAAAUAACGAUAGUUACCUCGUGAAUUCCUCAAACAGCGGGACGUUAAUGCAUAGGGACCUUCAGCAUGUGCUAGCGAACUGAGUAAUGCUUAAUCUUAGCAGCACUCGUGUAUGUCAUGAAAAGACCGAGUCGCUAUCGUCUCCAAAACAGUUUUAAUUUACCUUUCUAGCCAAUCAGUAACAAAAUACGUGGACCGAUUAGGCUGAGAUUGUAACAUAAUCCCCCUCCCCCCUGUUCAAUGUCGUUAGACUAAAAUUAACAUUUUAUUCGAACUAGUUAUCUGUUGUAUUGCGUUGCUGAUAACUCUCCCAGCAUACACAGCAACAUUGAAAUAAGGGAGGGGGUUGUACUGUACAUGUUAUUUUUGCAAUUGUAAUUUUUAGAAUUUCCCGGGAACGGCCCCCAUACUGCCCCUCACCCCAAAAAAAGGUUGACAACUUUACCGCAAAUUUGCUAUGGAAUCGCUCCACGGUCCUUGCUGCAAAAUUCAUUUGAAAUUAUAAUGUAACCUUUUUUCUAAAACUUUGUUAUCUUUCCUGUAUAUCAAGAUAUUGGACUUUGUUUGGCAUGCAAAUAUACUUAAAUCACACUGUAUAAUGUAUUUUACAGAAGACUGUUUUUUAACUUGAUGAAAUUGUCAUUAACUCAAAUUUGCGGACGAAAUGAUACUGUAGCUUUGACAGUUCUUAAAGUAUAUACAGUAUAGCUUUCAAUGUCAGUGGAAUUAUCACAUGUUUGGCAAGGAAACGUCUUCUUUCUAAAAAUGAUUGUGCAGUGUGACGUCAUACAUCUCUUCCUAAAUCUGGUUAAAGAAUCCUGUACAGUACAUGUUACAGUUCCAAUACUGUUUAUAUUAUUUUUCAGUAGUGUCUGAGGUAUACGCAAUAGAUGUUCCCACUGAUUAUUUUCUACGCGGUAAAGAAGCUACAUUUAAAAUAAAGAGAAGCAAAUGGUUUGUAGCACCUUCGAAUUACAUUUGGAAACUUAAUGGAAAAGAAAUGUCAGGAAAGGAAAAUUUUACACAUACUUUUAAUACAACUGGAAGGUACAAUGCAUGUUAUAUCUGUAUCGUCCCUUGUUCGUUUAUAUAUUGUUUGGUAUAGAUACAUGUAGACUAAAUGGAAUAACGCAUGUCCACGCUCGUUAAAAAUGAGUAUUUGCUCAUAUAAAUUUGUCAAUUUUACUAAAAACACUCCAUGUGCGUUCAUACUCUUCUAAUCUACGACAAUAAAAGUUUGGCGAUUCACAAUGAGUGCGACUUUGUUCAGCAUUUCUUAUUAAAUCAACCAAUUCACGAAAAACGCGUGGUCCAAUAGACGCCAUUGUUGUAUAUCGGCGCGUCGCUCUACUUCCGUUUCUCUGAUUUACUUCCGCUUCCUCAUCUUUUAGUUGCAUUUAUAUACUUCCGUUUUCUCAUAUUUUAUUUGUAUUUACUUCCGUUUCCUCAUCUUUUAGUUGUAUCGAUCGGUUUAUCUUUUGGUUGUAUCGGUUUAUCUUUUAGUUGUAUCCGUUUAUCUUUUAGUUGUAUCGGUUUAUCUUUUAGUUGUAUCGGUUUAUGACAUUGAUGUAUUUGCCCAUAACAUCAAUGUAUAGCACAUAACAUCUGCAAUUUAUAGCGCAUAAACUCGAUUGAUACAUUUCAGAUAUUUUCUCCGCUAAAAAACUUCAUACAUAUAUUAUAUAUUAUUUUACCGAUUUCAACUUUUGCUAUUUGUUUGUUUAGUUAUACUGUUAGCCUAUUUGGCAUGAAGGGCAAAGAAUUGGCAUCAAAGAACGUUUCUAUUCUGGAAAGAUUAACUAAGGUACGUCACGGGAAAGUAUACUCACUGUAUUUGGUAUGGCCAGGGGCUUUGUGGAUUUUAAACUGAAGAAAUAUCUGCAUAUUUGGACCUUUUGCCCCCAGCCCUACCAAGGCUGAUUGCAUCAUCAUGUUUCACUCAUGAAUUUAUUUCUCUUCGAUCAUGACUCCAUUCACAACCAUAGAUCACAACCAUAUCCUUCACUCUAAAUCUAUGUUCAUGCGCAAAACAUAAGGAUAUAGUCCCAAGAUGGUCGUGACUGGAUUUAUUUUUAGUUGGAGAUUGUUGUUACUUCUUUUCGUUACUUUGGUAAGCCGAUGUCAAUGCGUGCUAUAGUAAACUGUAAUGUGAGCGUCACUUAUUACUGGGAUUUUGGCGAUGGUGAACAACAAAACACAUCGAGCAACAUGGUGAAGCAUCGAUACUACAAGUGAGUAUUCAACCCAUUAACUACGAUGCACACUAGCACUGUAGUUUGUAAUUGUACUCUAUCUAAUACCAGGCCUACUAUUAGAGGCGUGAUAGUCUACUAUUAGAUCAGUAGUAUAUUUAGUACGCGCAUCCUGAAUUUAUCUUAUUUUAUAAAUGUGCCGCGUAAAUUUGACAUUUUCAUCAGAUAGAGCAAUUAGAUGUGGGGUACCUCAAGGCUCUAUUCUAGGACCACUCUUCUUUUUGUUAUAUUAAUGAUCUGCCUCAAUGUCUAAACAAAACAAAGCCUCGACUAUUUGCUGACGAUUCAAAUUUAACAGCUGCAGGCCAUGCAGUCUAUAACUGAACUUGAAAAUGCAGUAAAAUUCUGAUUUGUAAAACAUUAGGAAGUGGUUGAUAGCCAAUAAACUUAGCCUGAACGUAGCUAAGACAGAAUUUAUAUUGAAUGGCUCAAAAUCAAUGACUAAAGGUACUACAGAUAACAGAUUUUCAUCUAAACAUUAAACUUGACAACAAACCAUAGAUAUCUUUAUAUAUACACUAGAUAGUGCAUUUAAUUAUUCUGCAAUUCAAAAAUUGAAGCCGUGAUUGCAGACUCAGGAUAUUCAGUCCCAUGAAAUGAGAAGACUCGUAUGUUUUCUAUUUUUUAAACAGGGAACUUAAACAUUAAGUUAAACCUAUUCCGUUUAUUAGCGAGUGGGAAACUUCAACAUGGCCGCCAUCUAUUCAAAUGGGGGUAACCGCUGGAAUAUUCUUGGCUUCAAUUUUACUAAAAGAGAUGCGCUAUCUAGUGUAGAUAUCUAUGCAACAAAUCCAUUAGUGACUCAAGAGUGUAAAAGCCUAUGAGUAUAAUAAUUAGCCUUUCUCACGCCGCCAUUUUUGGGUGGCAUUUCAGCUGAAGUCUGUGCGAUAAGUCCACGUAACAGCAAUUAUUUAUAAUUUUUUGGACGAAUGAUGGUAAAUUUGCUUUGUAAAUGGUUAGUUUGUUUUGAAAAAUUGCUUUUCACAUUGUUUUAAUUGCCUGCAUUGGAUAAUGAAAAUUUGAUGCCACUCAAAAAUGGCGGAUAUUUGUCAUCGUGAGAAAGGCUAAUUGACCAGUGUUUAUCUUGGAAUAGUAACACUGAAAAUAUUUGCAAAAAGGUAACAGCCGGAAUCUCUGCCCUUCGGUAGCCUGAAAACAGACCUACGUUUCGCCCGCCCUAAAAUUCGCGGGUCGACGAAGGGCGACACGUCCCUUCGUCGAUCUGCGAAUUUUAGGGCGGAGAAACACUUCUCUCUGUAUACAAUGCACUUACAGUAUACCUGUAUUUCAAAUACUGCUGUGAAGUAUGGGAUGUAUUUGGUGAAACACAAUAAAAAAGGUUGCAAAAACUUCAGAAUAGAACUGCUAAAACCAUCACAAAUCUUGGCAAUGAUGUUGAUCAUUCUAUUGCCUUAGGUGAGCUAAGCCGGGAACCUCUUAAGGCUGAUAGGAAAAAAACUAAAGCGAAAAUGAUGUAUAAACUUUUAAAUAAUGUGGGUCCAAAUUCACUUACUAAUCUGUUUUCGUAUAAAAGUGAAUUAACAAACUAUAACCUCUGGGAUAUUUUAAGUGGUCUUCACUUACCAAAACCACGUACAACUAAUAUGAAAAAACGUUUUAUGUAUGAUGGUCAAUUCCCUUGGAAUUCAAUUACAAGAGAAAUUAGGGGAAGUAUACAUCCCUUAAUUCGUUUGAAAAAAAAUUGCUAUACCUGCAUUCACAUUUGAAAAGAAAAAGUGCAGUAAAGUAAAGUACAUGCAUGUACAGUAUAUAUAGGAUUUCCUGUAAAUAGCCUAACUACCUUUUUUAGUUCAUUGUAAAUAAUUAGAUUGUGUUCUCGUUAAACCUACUUUUAUAUAGUUAUGUAAAAAUAUUUUGCACACGUCCUCCGUGGAAAUCAGCUUAAGUUGACGGGGUCGACGUGUUUAAAUAAAGUUUUCUAUCUAUAUCUAUCUAUAUCUCUCCAAUUUUAAACAUAUUCCAGUAAGAUCGUAUUGUAAUGUAUCAAUGUUUGAGCAAAUGCAGGUUGUAAUAUAAAGAGACGCGUGUUAUCAUGCAAGGUGUUUGAGAUUUCAAAACGGACAACAAGUCUUAGAAAGGCAUUUGCAAGACUUUCUACGCCACAUUUCUCUGAUAUUCUACAUCUAUUUUCAGGCCUGGUGUGUAUACCGUGCGUGUUGUUGCAAUUAAUAGCGUUAGUGAGAUAGAGGCGAAUAAAACUGUCAAUGAAAUCGAGUUUUGCCCAGUUGGCGAGUUUGAAACAUCAUUUGAAGAUGGAAAAGAGGCAAGUUUUCUCAAACAGUAUAAUGGAAAAAAUCUACUCUCAGUAAUUAUACUGCAACACUGUUUGGCAAGUAUACCCUGCAAGACGUAUUCUAAACUAUACAGUAUAUACUAUAUAUAGGUGUAAAUGCAUGAAGUAACAUUCAACGUGCAGUAGCUAUGCCUGCGCCGAUUAUCAGUAAUAACUCUCUAGUCAUUUAGAUAUGAUCAUGUAAUAUUGAAAAAAGUAUUCUAAAAGUUCCAUUGCACGGGUCCAGCCGUGGAAUUUUGUACUAUGCGUUUUUCAUUGCACAGUUUGGUUUUUAUUAAAUUCCAUCCGUCAAAAUCCUAAUCCAAUGUUGAUCGUAUAGCUUUCAUUCGUGAAUUGGAUAAAUAUAUUUUAUUCGGUGAACGAUGGAUAAAUUCGGUGAAUGGAAAAUUCCAUCUUUCACCUCAUGAAAAUAUUUUAUCAUUAUAUUGCCCUCAUGGACAUUCAUUAUUUGUAUAAUAUCAGUAUUUUGUAUGUCCUAGCUUGUAUAUUUAUAUAUAAAUACAACAGUUUUCGAAAACCAUUGUUUUUCCUUCUGGUUUUUAGGUUAAACAGUUUCGCUCUCUCCCGAUUCAUUUAGAAGUUUCAAUAAGAAAGUUGGUUUGUUUCGAACCUGUUACCAUCGUUUUUAAAUGGACGGUAAAUGACCUGAAAUGACAUUAAGAUAAACUUGGCCGCCACACAUAUCUUUUACUUUAGUGUUAUAUAGGCUAGGAUUAGGGUUAGGCAUAACCUCCACCGCAGGCAGCUCAGUGUCAAAUAGUCGAAUUCCUGCAGGAGGAGGAUAGAAGUUAGGGUCGGGGCUAAAGCUAUUAAGAUUAGUGUAAUGAUUAGGGUUUGGAUUUAGGUACUUGAAUAAGAAGUACAGUAGGGUAUAUAUAUAUGGAUUAAGAUUAGAAUAAGUGUUAGGUGUACUUUUCGACAGAAGAGCGACUUAUGAAUCAAAAUUGGAACGAUAAAAGUUGCCUGGACGUCAGUUCCGCAAAGUCUGUCGACUUAUGCGACAUUGAUUCAUAGCCGCUCCGCUCAUGUCCCAAACCCAGGGACGCCGGAACCGGGGGGUAGGAGGGGCAGCUACCCCUCUUUCCCUUUACCAGGAGGGGCAAGGAGGGCGAAGGUGGCCUUUUGCUUAAAGGAAAAUAGUUUUUAUUAAUAGAAAGAAUUCGUUCUUGUUAUUAUAGAAGUAUAUAAACUAUAUGAUAUAACAAACUUUUGCUGAAAAACUGUAAGAAACGUAUGGAAAUUAAUUAAGUUUAUAUGAUUCCAGUGUUGUUCCAAUUUGCUGUUAACGUGCGUGUCACCUCAUAUUUUUCGCAAAGACCUCUGAAAAAAAAAUUUGGCCGAGAAGGAGGGCGAAGUUAAAAUAACUGUAAAGCGAGAACAAUAUAUAAAAAGUAAAAUUACUUGAAAGAAUUUGAUUUAAACGAGCCUCUAUAUAGCUCAAAUUUCGCGUACGACAACAGUCAUUUUGGGCAUUUUGGGCUGAAUUCUUUUGUGCUAGAAAUGCAGUCAUUGAGCUUCAAAAAUAUCAAAAUCCUCUGGGGAAGAACCGCAGACCUCCCUAUUUCUUUACAAAUCAGAAACGUGAUUAUGGCAGCGUUAAACUCCAGAUUUUUCGUAAACGUCCUUUAAUAUAUACCAAUUCAAAAGUGCCCUUCGACGAAAGUCUGCCCCCUUUGCCCUCUCGUCGUUCCGGCGUCCCUGCCCAAACCUAAAUAAACUUUUUCGUUAUUUGUUAUAGUAUUAGACUAGACAUCUGGUAAUAUUUUCUUCCUGAUUUUCUUAUAUGUUUUAAAAUUUAUUUGGAGUUCUCGCGCGAUAUAUUGUGCCAACCCUGUCGUGUUUGUUAAUGUUCGUUUAUGCAUGCAUGUGUUCGGCAAAAGUGUAUGAAAUUUAGAAGGAUCUAUUAAACUACUUAUUUUAGAUCCAUAGGACCGACAAGUCGACCAUAUGGCCUGGUUGGGAAGAGCAUAAUAGUAAUAAAUCAACAGACAGCAUUUAUAUUCCUCCAAAUGUUCUUGAUUAUGGAAAUUAUAGUUUUAACGUGACAGUGAAUGUAAGCUUUUUACUUUUUCCUUUAGCGUAGCAUAAUUGAUAAGUACUUGAUGUCACUGAAUUAAUGUAAAUUCGACAACAAUAGCAUUCAAAGUUAUGAUUUAAUAUUUGACAUGCAAUAAUUAUUAUUUAUUUAAAAUAAUGCGAGGUCCUCACAUCAACUCACUAGCUGACCAAAUAGUCACACUGACCAAAUAAUCUCACUAGCUAACCAAAUAGUCACACAUUUAGUCACACUAAAUCAAUAUUGGGGGGGGGGGCUCAAGAAUAAAUCUGAAUAAAUCUGAAUUGCUUUCGCUCUUUUCUAGUUUUUUUUUGUGUUUUUCUUAUACAAAUGGAAAUUAUUGAAGCCCCCCUUCAUUGUUCUCUGAAUAUCCUGAAUUUCAUACGUUCCAGAAGAAAAGUGUUAAAAUGUUCCAGGGCCGUACAUAGCGGGGAGGCAGGGGGGGGGUGGCAACUGUGGAGAAAACUAUAUUUAAAUUUUUUUUCUUUUUUCUUUGGGUAUUUCGGACUUUUUUCGGCAUAUAGGCCUUACUGCCCCCUGGUGAAAAAAUCCUGCAUACACCCCUGAAAUGUUCACUCAUGUAGUUACUUUGAUUCAGGUUAAUGGCGCUGGUGCGUCGCAUUCUGAAAAAUAUUCUAGUGUCAUCAACGUGAUAGAAAGUCCUGUGGUUGCCAUAAUCCGUGGCGGCUUCAAUAGAUAUGUGAAAGAAAAUUCAACAUUUUUCCUCGACGCAACGCCAUCAUUUGAUCCAGAUGAUCUGAAUGCAACUCUUCUGUAAGUACAGUCGUUUGAACUUAGAGGAUUAGUGGAUUUGGGACUCAUUUUCCUGUUGCAAGGAGGCUAUUUUAUGGGCUGAGUAGACAAACAGAUCUGGAAUUUUUUAUAAUCCGUUGUAUAUUUAAACUAUAUAUUGGUUUGCAACAACCAAUAAAUUGGUUGUCUCAGAUUCAACAUGAAUUUGAGACAACCAGUUUGUUGGUUGUUUUAACCAAUCUGUUUUUACAGUGUAUCUUUUGAGAAUCCUUGCUUCUUUUGUCCGAUUCUUAUUGGAAAUGUAGCAAACAAAACAUUUUUAUCGUUAUUUGUCGAUUUUGUGUAAGAUAAAAUCAAUAACAAAACUCUGCGAUACCAAUGAUGUAAUGACACUAAUCCUUUAAUUUGGACGACGACGUAAUGCUGUCCAAAGUAUUUAAAUUCUUUACUAUUAUUAUAUCAACUUUUCUUUUGUCAUAUCAGGGUCCCCACGGUCCUUGAAAAUCCUGGAAAGUCCUUGAAUUUGUUUAAAAAAAAUCCAGGCCUGGAAAGUCCUUGGAAAAUGAUAAGGUCCUUGAAAGUCCUGGAUUUUUUUUCCAGUAGGCUGGAAAUAAUUGAAGAAUUAUCACCAGCCCAAGGAUUGUGUUGCGAAGCUGAUUUUCAAAGAUUUUUCCAGUUGUAAGGUCCUUGAAUAUACUGAAAAAGGUCCUUGAAAGUCCUGGAAAAAUCCUUGAAUUUCAUCUUCACUAAAAGGUGGGGACCCUGUCAUAUGCAAUCGAUGACGUUGACGUAAAUGGUGCAAUAAUUAUUUUCAUAAUUAUGGAAAUUUAUUUAUUAAUUUAUUAAAAAUUUCUUUUAACAGGGUGCCUAUUCAGUGUUAACAAUUUAAACUAUAUAAAAUACUGAAUUUCAAAGGGGCGUGUAUAAAUACAAAACAAAUAUCCCAAAUUAAUAUGUAUUAUAAAUACAUGUAAAACAUUAGACUUGCUCCAAGUCUCUCUUUGUGGACAUCUAUAUAUUGUACAUCUAUAUUGUACGUUACAUUCUCCCCCUCAGCGGUACGUCAUGUAACGUACAAUAUAGAUGUACAAUAUAUAGAUGUCCACAAAGAGAGACUUGGAGCAAGUCUAGUAAAACAUGAGCAGCAGUAUUUUACCAGAUAUAAAGAUACGAGGCGAAGCCGAGUAUCUUUAGGUCUGUUAAAACAUGCACCGCGAAUUAAAUUGCUUCAAAAAUGAUCGAUCGAUUCAUUGGCGAAGUAAUUUUAAAAAAAUACGUUGUAUAAGUCGAGAAAAUCAAAGUUAAAGUUUAUGUAAAUCAAGGGAAAUCUCUAUCACAUAUAAAGAUACGACACGCUUAUGAUUUUUCUUUGUGUUUUCCUCAUGAAUUAUUAAUGAGUUUUUGAAAACAAUACUAUAUUACAAAGGAAUGACAAAGUAAUAGCUGAACGAAUUAAACAACUAUAUACAAUCAUUUGGUUAUUUCAACUCGUCCUUUAAUUAAGGUAAUUCCGCAGUAAUUGUUCCCGAAAUGAGAAUGUGCUGAAACUUCCCAGGCAUGGAGUUUAUGAUAUACUUAAAGUAAAAUCACACAAAAAAGUCGGGGUCACCGAACUCGUUAAGAAGAUAUAACAAUCACAAUAUACCACCUUUACCCCAAUAUGGCGCCAUCUUGACGCUCAUUACGAGUAACAGCAAAAUCACAACAGCCCGAUAUUUAUUGACGUUUUUAGCGCGGAUUUUGCUUUAGUAAACCUAUUAUUUUUGAAAAAAUAUUGUGUUUUGAGCAAAAUGAAACUACUAACGUGUAUAAUUCUGAUCCACAAGUGUCUUUUCCACGUUUCUUUACAUAUCUUUCUUUGAGAACAUGCAUUGAUAAAGGAUGUUUUUUCAAGAUCCAGAUUUCUUUUAAUUUCGGAUAUGGAAUGUAAAAUGCAUUAAAGAAAUAAAUUAUCAGUUAAAAAACCGGGGUCACCGAUAUUUUUAGGGAAUUGUGGCAUUAAAACGUGGAAUACAAGUAAAUAAAUAUACUACAGAGACAGGAACCCUAGCAACACUUUUGUAUGCCUUUUUUGAAAACAUUGAUUUUAACGUAAUUCUUUGCACGAAUGUAACCAAAGAUGUUUUGAAAUAACAUAAAAUUGUCAUAAAAUGAUUUUUUUUAAACGGUACGUAUAAUGGAUGGAAUAUAAGUUAUAAGAUGUGUGCAGUAAAAGUGCGCAAUGCAAAACUGCGGAAUUACCUUAAGAGCAUUAAUUGAUAGCUCUUGGAAAUCGUCAGUUAUAUCGUUCCACGACUUUGCCGCUCUAUACGAAACGCUUGUCUUUUUAGGAAAUUAUAGUUCUUGCAUGGGCUUGGUUUUGGGAGUUUCUGUUUAGUGUUAUUAUACUUCUCAUGCAGACAGUAAUAAUUUUUUACACUCUAUGAAUAGGUAACUCGGCGCUUGUCUGGAGCAUGUCAAAGUUAACGUCAGAAUGUUAAAGUUAAAGUCAAAAUUUAAAUGUUAAAGUUAAAGUCAAAAUAUUAAAGUUAAAGUCAGAAUGUUAAAGUUAAUAUUGAUCUUUUUACCAUUAAUUACCGGCCAAUUAUUUAAAUAUCGCCGAUUAUAAUCGGUUUUGUAGUUAGAUAGUUUCCGGUUUUGCAGCUCAUAUGUACAUGAUUUGGCCAGCAAUGCUUGUCUAUAGUGUUGUUUUUGUAUUCUUUUCCACAGCUUUCGUUGGUCGAACCUUCCUCCUGCUAUGACAACAGGACCGUUCACUGAUCCAGUGAUUGAAGUUAAUGCAACACACUUGAAAGAAUCUGCAAAAUUUAAAGUAACCGUUUCGUCAGGAAAACGAGAAAAUGAAGCAACACAGCGCGUUACAGUGGUAAACUCAAAGGAAAUCAAAACCAAGUGAGCAAUAUACAGUACGAGUUUAACAGAUAUACUUUUUCAAUAUUAAAAUUAUUAUUAUUAUUAUUAUUAUUAUUUAAUAAAAAAAGUAUAAGUAUGGUUUGAAGUAAUAUUUCAAAUCCGACUAUGAGGAUUGGACUAGAUUUCAAGUCCACGCAAUUUGAUGGAUCAAAAUGCGAGGACUUUGAAUCUAGUCCAGUCCCAAUUGGAGGAUUUGAAAUGACAUCUCAUACGAAUAAAUCACUACUUCAAGUGAGGUGAAUUAAUUUUGAUCCAGUCCAAAAACUGAAUUAAUUUUGAUCCAGUGCUAGCGGGACUGGAUUAAUAUACUUCACCCGGUAUCCAGUAUUAUCAUGUGAGCAAAAUAAAGCAAUAUGGUUGGCUAAUUUACUUAUGAAUUAUUAAUGAAUUUGAGAUGGGUGCGUACCGUACAGUACAUGCAACAAAGUAAUGAAUACCCUUUAACCCGCGAGGUUGCUUUAUGUUAAGGUAAUAUUUCUAAUUUGCGUUUAUAUUUUAAAAUUCUGUGCAUUUUGCAUAAUACUGUUUACACCUGGAAUCAGAAUCAUUUUUGCAUUUAUCAGUUUGUACAAGGUAGGAAGACAGUGAUUCCAUUUUGAUCCAAAAUUGUAGUGAUGAGAAAUGUCCUACAGCACCGCACUGCCAGCAAAGUUUUGCCAAAAAAUAUUCUACAGGAAUUUUGUCAUCUCAAACUCAUUAAUAAUUCUUGAGUAAAUUAGCCAACCAUAUUGCUUUAUUUUGCUCACAUGAUAUUAUUGGAUACCUGGUAUAUUGUAUUAAAUCGGUCCUUGGACUGGAUCAAAAUUAAUUCACCUCACUUUAAAUAGUGAUUUAUUUUUAUGAGAUGUCAAAUUGCGCGUACUUGAAAUCUAGUCCAGCCUCAUAGACAUAGUCGGAUUUGAAAUAUUACAUCUUAUACGUAUAUAUUGGAAUGUGAUAUAAUUUGCUUGUUUAAAAAUUCCAAAUCCGCUUUGCAAGUCGAAAUUGUCAUGUGUCGAAAACACUUGCCCAUAAUGAAGUUUACAGUGUACCACCUGCAUAUAUGCAGUCGCACCACAUGUUCUUUGAAACCUAUACCUAUAUAUACAGGAGGUCUUAAUACGUUUGGGUUAACAUGGGUUCUUUUUGCCGCCAGGAAGAAGAAUCCUUUUCCUGUACCAAAUUUUCCUGCUUAAAAUGAUCUUUUUUCUGAAGUCAUUCCAUUGUAUAAGAAAUCUUUUCUUUUAAAAUUGUAGCAUGAUUUUGGACUGUCCAUCGUGUGAUAUAGAACCUCUAAAUCCCAGCAACCCUACAAGAAUAAUGGAGAAAUGCAGUUCCAAGUAUUGCCCAAGCAAGGCUUCAUGGGAAUUAUAUGAGUUGAGAAAAAAUGAGGAGUAUGGAAAGCCCAAGUUGGAGAAAAUAGUUUGCACAGAAAGCGACCAGACAUCACUACAAUGGUCUAACAGUAAGUUGAAAUUGAUCACUGGCCCGUUUUUAUACUGCCCCAAAGGGUAUUGGGCUGUCAAUUUCCCGUUUGUAAUCUAAAAUGACUGAAAAUUGCAAACUUCGCAAGGCUAUAUUAUCCGCAUUUUACAACAUUUCGCAACGAAACUUUGGAAUAUUACUAAUUUUGUGAUGCUCUUUCAAGCUGUGAUGAAAUUUUUGUCUAGAUUAAAAUUUAGUCUAUUACGCAAAUGGUCAAUGAGCAAUCGAAGAUCAGGUCAAUAAAGUUUGAUAUUUGGAUUAUUUUGAUAGUUUAAUUCAUAAUUUGCAUUUUGUAUGAUUGUCGUAAAGAAAACCAAGAUAGUUAAUUAGAAAUCUACUAGAUUUUAGCAGAUCACGUGACCAGCGUCUACCAGGGUCUUUGCUCCCCAAGAGGAAAGACCCUUGGUACAAGGUUGCUUUAUUGUUAAAUAAGAUUAUUUCAUUCUCAAGGAGUGCCUUUGAGUAAAUGAUCUAUUUAUUUUUAUUGAAUUUGUCAUUUCAGAAAGUACACAGCAAUUUACGUAUAGUUUUCAUAAGUGUGAGCGUGAGAAGGCGUCUCAAACAACGGAAUCCUUGUGUAGUAGAUUAAACCACCAACUGGAAUCGUACUGCAAAGAUUAUAAAGAAGUCCAACUUGUGUUUAAGAGGAAGGAACCAUUGCUUGACAUAAGAAAUGAUUUUUUCCCUGGAAGCAGAAUAUUUAUAAUCAAACGUAUAAUUAACGUUGAGGUUGUAGCGGAACGAUUCUUUCGUGUCCAUGAUAAACCUCGAGACUAUUCUUGUGAGGUCAAACCCACUAAAGGAAUUGAACUUCAGGAGGAUUUUGAAAUUAGUUGUAAUAUGAACAAGGUAUGUUAAUUCUGCUUACAACUUAUAUGAACUUAGAACUUAUAUGAAGAUUCAUGCACAAUCUUAAAGUUAUAACUGCGCAGAGAGUAUAAUAGAGAGAUGAAGAUACCCCUGUUCCGCCGGUUUACGGGUACGGGUGAUAUACACGUACUCGUACUCCGUAAACCGUGUACGACUUGCAACUUAAGAAAUCCAAGAUAUUCCGGGGUACGAAAACCGAUCGGAGAAUGGUAACUUUUGUUGCUGAGGUUCACAAUAGAUUUGGAAAACAAUUGACGAGAAAAUGGGGAUAGGCUUUAUUUAGAUAAGAUGUUGAAGUAUUUUACUUCCUAAACGUCUUACAAAUAGUAAACAGCACUUUAAAAACCCUACAAAUAGUAAACAACCUUACCCGUUUGCCUUUCACGUGUAGACCAUGGUUAACCGCGGGGAAACGGGUAGAAAUGACGGGUAAACUUGACUGACAUCAGCAAUAUUUGGUAAACGAAAUGGCGAUACCCGUACCCGUAAACCGCAACCGGGGUAUCUUAAAGACCUCUCUAGUCUUUCCGUCGCUCUCUGCGCACUCAAUCAACAUGCAGCGUCUCAAUUUCUCCAUCUUGGAAACUAUGUAUGUAGGCCUCUGCGGACGAGAGAUGUCAGAUUAGUAUUUCAUUAUCAGAGCGAAAAUGGAAAUAUUAUAUCACGAUCUAUUAUAUUAAUUACAUCCAUGUGUUUUGGAUGCAGUUGACAUAAAAAUGUAUUUUACAAAAGAAUACACCCUUUCGAUAAUUACGUCACACAUGCUUUUUGGUCUUGGAGCCUCGCUCUCAUUAGUAAAUUACGCAAGAUGAUUGGCUUACGAUUCAUGAGAGCGAGGCUCCCAGGCCAAAUGAUGUAAUUAGCGAAAGGGUGUAUUAACUUAUUUUGGCAUGCAACGAAAUAUUUAAUGACUUUUCAAAUUGCGCAGUUGUUCAGUCGUGUUGCAUUAUUAACCGAAAAAAUAAUCUUCAAAAGGUGUCUUACAUUUAGCUUCACAUAUGCACUUUAGACAACACAAAUAUAUGACGAAUUAGUAUAGGUAAUCAUGCGAUGGCAAGUACAAUUAGGGAUUAAUAGUACGAGUGAUGUUUGGAAAUUUUGCCAAAAUUGGACGAGCCGCCGCGAACAACAUCGCAUGAUUACUUGUUUAUUAUUAGCAUAUGACAAAAUAUACUUCUCCGUCAACAUCAUAUUUUCUCGCCAAAACCCAGUCCUUCCAGACUUUCAACCAAAAUUUGGUACUUUUGUUCGUAUUUUCAUUUAGGUCUUUUGUUAAAGCAAAAUUUGGUGCUUUCGUAUUUUCAUCUAGUUCCUCCACGGCAAUUUCAUUUCACAUUUGUGUUCAAAAUCACUAAUUGUACUGCAGUACAAUUAAUGAAAUAAUUGUACUCCUCUCAACCAAUCAGCGUCCAGUAAUUUUGUCAUGCUAAUAAUAAAGUAUAGUAUCAAUAUUGUCUUACUAUAAAUUAUAGCAUUUUAGAACAAGCAUUUUGUUUUCGGCUUAAAUCUUAAUUCACUAAUUUUAAUUCACUAUACUCCUUGGCCUGGCAUGUAGUAAAACACUGACUACCGGAACACCACCGGAACACCGCCGGAACACCACUGGAACACCACCUAACCCUAACCUCAACCCUAACCCCCAACCUAACCCUAACCCCAACCCUAACCCCCAACCCUAACCCUAACCCCAAACACUAACCCCAAACAAAAUGGUGGUGUUCCGGUGUUCCGGUGGUGUUCCGGUGUUCCGAUAGUCAGUGUUUUACUACAUGCCCCUUGGCCUUGUUUAUUUUUCAGAGUGCCGGUUCUUAAUGAAUUAAGGUUUGAAAUCUUAAUUCACUAUACUCCUUGGCCUUGUUUAUUUUUCAGAGUGCCGGCCUAGUGUACAAAGUUAUGUACGAACGAGUGAACGCUGAUAGCUCAACUAUAUCAAAUAUUUUUCUUCAAAGAAAGGUUCCGCGGUUCAAAUUUCAUUUGCCAUCUGGCGACGAAGGUAAUUCAGAACAUUCUUUUAAAUUUAUGAAUUGCAAACUUUGAUGUCCGAAAAGAAUAGUUAACGACAUUGGAUUAGAAACAUACCUUAACCCCUGUCAUACCCCCAGUUUCAUAGACUAUCAAAUUGCGCGAGUGACGAAGAGUCACGUCAUAGCUGUUCAAACGAUAUCUUCAAACGAAGCAGUUUCAUUGUUCUAAACAAAAAAGUAGUUGUUAAAUGGUUCUAAUAGGGACCAUGCAGCGACGAGUUCAAUUUGGGGUGUAUGAUUUUGGGGAUAGGGUACCUAUAAAAAUAUUCGAAAUCAGAAUGUAUCUAUAAGUCACAUAGUAUAUAUUAACUGAGUUGAAUUUGUUACUUAAUUUGAGUAUAGGACAAUUUCGGUACAACAACAAAUAAUCAUGCAAUUACUCAAAAAGUAUUGUUAUAUAGUUUGUGUCAAAGUUCAUUGUAUUAAACUUUUUAUUAUACAUUUUAGUCCGCGUGUUGUGGCCUCGAAAAGUGCCUAGAAAACGAUUUUCAUUAAGCAUGUCUUAGAUCUGAAAUACUUUUACGGAAACUAACACUUUCGAACACGCUGAGUUCAAAUCCAAAAAGUUCCGUAGACCCGCAGUUUUUUCACAAAAUGCUAUUUUAUCUUCACUAAUUUCACAGCAUUUUUUUUCAUUGUUCAACGACACGGAUCGAUGACGAUAUACGAUUAUGUCACUCAAAAGGACCAAUUUCUAUUAACCAUUCUUCCAUUUAACAAAAGACCGGUUUUGCUCGAAUCAUUUUGAGUUAUGCAAUCUUAUGCGUGUUGGACGUAAAUAACAUACCUUGUCUACUACUUUGAGAAGGUACAGAUAAUUCCUUCUAAUAUCUUUAGUUCUGGAUCUAUCUCUAUAAAAUCACGAGGACGUUAAUGUCAAGUCUUUGGGCUAUGUCUCUGGGCUGAGAAAUAAUUACUUACAUGCGAUCAAAAUGUUUUAUACAAAGAUAUAAAACGGUAAUCUAUAUGUAAUGGAUCAGCAUUGAAAUUUCCAACACGGUUUCCGAGCAUAGAUGUUAUAUGUAAACAACGAGUUUGAGUGUUUCAUCAGGGGAUCCAAACACGAGAAAACUGUAUGAAACACGAGCGCGAAGCGCGAGUGUUUUAUUGUUUUCGAGUGUUUGGUCCCCUGAUGAAACACGAGAAACGAGUUGUUUACACAACAUCUCAAAACGAAAACAUUUCAUUGGCUUAUAUAUAUUAUUAUAGUAUAUUGUUGUGUUUUGACUUGAAUUUGUAUUUAGGAUCUCAGUUAUUAGAUGAAAACCGUUUUUCAUCUAACAACAGUGAUGGUAUAUGAUUUUUAGCGUGUUUCCUUGCGGUAUCCAACCUCAAUCAUGUGACGAAUUAGGGUGAGUUCAUUCGCUAAUUUGCUCAUGAAUUAUUAAUGAGUUCGAGAUAUCUUAUAUAAACUAGAUAGCGCAUCUCUUUUAGUAAAAUUGAAGCCAAGAAUAUUCCAGCGGUUACCUCCAUUUGAAUAGAUGUCGGCCAUUUUGGAGUUUCCCACUCGCUAAUAAACUCUUAAAAAACAACAAUAACUUUCAUCAUUUGAAUAGUUUGAAAAUGUAUUUGGAAUAAGUUUAACUUAAUGUUUAAGUUCCCUGUUUAAGAAAUAGAAAACAUACGAGUCUUCUCAUUUCAUGGGAAUAUCCUGAGUCUGCAAUCACGGCUUCAAUUUUUGAAUUGCAGAAUAAUUAGAUGCACUAUCUAGUGUAUAUCAGGUCUAUCAGAUAUUUAUGUUUCCGAGACGUAAUUCAAUAGAUAACUUAUCAUUGCAUUUGAACUAUUACAUCAGUUGGUGUUAUACUGUGCGAUAAGCGAAUAUUAUUGGAAAGAGGACUUCUAUAUAUACGUCGAAAUCAUCAAAUAAACAGCUCAUGCACACAUUUCUCCACUUCGUGGUAAGUUUACAGAGCAUAUUUUAUACUUUGGGACUGAUCUUUGUCUUUGAUGUGAACAUUUAUUCUUAUAGUUUAAGGUUCUUUAAGAUUGAUCCUGUCGUAAGUCUUCUACCUGCAACCAUUCGACAAUAUUUCAUUUUAGCCUUGUCUUUGCCCGUUACGUUGGCUUCGCGUUACUUUUGUUUUAAAUAUCUUGAUCGCGUUAAAAGAAUUAUUUUUCAGGCCUGCAGUGACAUAGCUAAAAGACUUUACGCAUUAAUGUCCUUGUGAUUUUAUAGAGAUAUCUCUGGAACUGAGGAUUUUAAAAAGCGUUAUCUGUACUUUCUCAAAGUUGUAGACAAGAUAUGACAUAUGUUGUUUACGUCAAACACGCAUAAGAUUGCAUAACUCAAAAUGAUUCGAGCAAAACUGCUCUUUUGUUAAAAGGAAGAAUGGUUUAUAGAAAUUGGUCCUUUUAAGUUUUAAGUACAUAAUCGUGUAUCGUCAUCGAUCCGUGUCGUUGAACAAUUAGCCUGCGUGGCAGGCCCUCAGUUUUAUGGGGGGGGGGCUGAUUUGCAACGGGCAGGAUUCUGGCGGGCACGGGGGAGGAUCCUCAAUCCUCCCCCGUGCCCGCCAGAAUCCUGCCCGUUGCAAAUCAUGCCCCCCAUAAAACUGAGGGCCUGCCACGCAGGCUAUUGAACAAUGAAAACAUUUGUUGUGAAAUUAGUGAAGAUAAAAUAGCAUUUUGUGAAAAACUGCGGGUCUACGGAGUGGGAACUUUUCAGAUUUGAACUCAGCGUGUUCGAAAGUGUUAGUUCCCAUAAAAAUAUUUCAGAUCUAAGACAUGCUUAAUGAAAGUGAACGAUAUCGGGUCACGGCACACGGACUAUUUACGGUGUUCCAUUUAUCUAGUUUUGGUUUCAAAGUUAACUCCAAUAACCAGUGAAUUAUUCGUACUUUGACACCCCUGUAUAUACACUAUAUAUAACAAAACAGUUAUUUACUGAGACCUCGGCAAAUCAGUGUGUUUUGUUGCCCCUCGACCGCCGUUGUUGCCCUCGGCUUCGCGUUCUCGGGUCCACAAAACACACUGUUUCCCUCGAUCUCAUGCAGUAAAUAGGUGAUAAAUAUAUGUAAUUAGUAUUGAGUUACUUUAGUAAUGAUUAUUUAUAACACUGCCUGUUAUGGAAUAAAGAACGAACAAGAAAGACUGGAUUGAGGUCUGCAAAAAUUGCCGAACUGGGACAUUUACAGGCCGGCUUUUAAUAUCGGUAUUGCCGAAUGCUGACCUCGUUCCACGUGGGGAAAAAAACACGCAAACGCUGAAAACGUACCGGCUUUAUAUUAUCAGCAAGCGUGGAAUACGGUGUGGCACCCUGCAUAGUCUGCAUAGACAGACCCAACCAGAUUUCAUGAGAUUUUUUUUCAGGUAUUUUACCAUGCAAACGCUAAUUUACACUAAUUUUCUUUUCAUUGGUAGAUAAGAACUCCUUAAUUAUUUCGAUCGAAAGUGAUAAAGGUGUUGUAAGAAAGUAUUGUGGUAUUCAUAUGACAGUUUCUGGAUUUAAUUCCACCAGUAACGUUGAGAAUUAUUUGUAAGUAAAGAAAAAUAAUCAAUUUCAUCCUUGUAGUGGUUCGGAAAGUUAACACCAUAUUUUAAAAGAUGAUUAAUUCAACACAAAACAACAAACGAUAUACAUUUGCAAAACAGCUAGGGUUUGCAGGUAGGCAUAUGCACCAGCCACCAGUCUACGUACGCGUUGGACCACAAUUCACAAAGCAGCCAUUUACGCUAAUUACUUGAUUAGCUAAUUAAGCACUAGCUAUAUAACAACAGUUUAUUUUCUUUUGCAGAUAUAAUAGGUCAUUGGCAGUCAAAGAGUCGUUUUCGGAACAUCAUUAUGCCUCCCAUGGUCAAACAUUGUAUAAUAUUACCUUGAUUUCAGACGUCUUAAACAGGUACAGGUACACUCUAAUAAAGAUUAAAAGAGGCGUAGGCUGUUCAGGAGAUCUCCCUCAUUUGGGCAACAGUAGUAAUAUAGGUUUUCGAGCUGAAUUUCUAUGGCGAAGGAAGGUGGAGGGAGGGUGAAACAGGGCGGAGUGCGACAGAGGAAGGGCACGCGGCAUGACGUCGCUGAUUAUGUAUGACGUCAUAAUAUAUGCAUGACAUCAGUCAAGGCAUGCUAGUUCGGCAAGUUUGGGUUUUUGCAAGUACAUAAAAAUUUAAUUUACUUGUUGUGAAUAUGAUUUAUGUCAAGUAAACUUUAAAGCCUUGGUGGCCAUUGGCGUUGGCGAAUUUGCAUACCUAAUAGGAUCCCAAUGGAUAGAUAGGGAUAUUAUAGACCUGAACAUGUUUUGAUUUUUAUUUCACCCAGCGAUCAUGAGACAGGUCGACAUUUACAUAUGGAUAGAUUUAUUACGCGAGGGUUAGGGAAGGCCUUAAAAUCGGGCGGCAGCGUGGCUUUGCGAGAAUAAAUUAACAAUUCUGCAAUGAUUUAGUUUUAAUUAAAAUGCACUUAUUUCUUUGAAAAGUUUAUAAGGUCUGCUUCUAGGAGCGUAUUUUUUAGGUGUUAUUAUUAUUAUUACUUAUUACUUAGUACUUAGUACGUAUUACGUAUUACUUAUUACUUAGUACUUAGUACUUAUUCACUCAUGGUAGCUUUCAGGUGUCUGUUUUUCAAAGGGCCGUGAACAUUUACUAUAAAUUAUUAUAUAAAUAUCAAAAAUAUUAACUAUAAAAUAAUCAUUUAUAAUAUACAGGGUGUAUAAAAAAAAGCGCAAUCCUCGACUAAAAUGUAAAUUGCUAAACAAAUAAUAGACGAAAACUUUAAAGUUUACAUUCAUUUUAAAGCGUAGCCAUUCAGCUUUCUAACAGUGGGUUGUUUCUUAAAUUUGACUCAUUGGUUCGCGGGUAAUAAUACUUUACGUUAUUGCGAUUGGAGAUUAAAAAAAUUGAGAUGGAAUAACAAAUCGUUCUCAUGAAAAUAACUGAUUUUUUCAUUAAAACAAAAAAAUCUUGCAUUUUAUUAAAUGGAUUGUAACAAUAAGUAUAAUUACGGCUUUUCUUCCACUAUUUUUAACUCAGUUUGAAACUUCAAAUGCGAUAUAAUUUUGGCUUGGACCAUCUAAGCUGACUGACAUCAACUUGCUAUAAUUUCUGUUUACAUUACAUCGCAAUUCGAUGACACUCUUGCUCAGACACCAGAAUGUUUUGAUGAUUUUUAGCAUUCGUUUAGGAUUUUCAAACAACCUGGUCUCUUUUAAAAUACUUUUAAUUUGUUCUUACGUGGUUUUCCAGAUGUAGUGACGACAACAUUAAAGUUUAAAGAAGAAAAUUCUAACAUUUAAAUCGACUAAACAAUAACAUAGUAAACUUGCAUAAUUAAACAGGAACUAAAAAUGAUAGGUUUUACUAAAUCUUUUCCUGUGCAAUUAUUACUAGCAUUGCAUGGAGACAAGGAUAAUAGUUUGUGUGAAAGAGAAAAGAACAGGCUUUGAAGUAAGCCUAAAAGCGUUUAACUAGAAAUAGUAUUUCGAAAGUUAUUAAGCACAAAAGAUGAAUUGCGUUUAUUUUGAUACACCCUGUAGACUAGGCAUGAUGACCUCCCAAUUCAAAUAGUAAAAUACACAAGUCAUCGAUUAGUCUCUUGAAAGAAUUGAUAGAGGUUUUAGGUAUUUUUAUUAUUGGAAGUUUUCCCAUUAAAAUUAAAGCUCCUCUUUAGGAGAGAAGUUUGGUUUUACUGAAAAAAUUGUCUUAGGUUUUGGUUGGUAAAGGUUUUAAUUUAAUGAUUAUGUCGUAGUUGGGAAGUUUGGUUAACAGAGACAUAAAACAUCUGUGUUAAAUAUUCUGGAUCAUUUGUUUCUUUAAUUAAAUUCUCGAAUUCUUGUCUUCGUAUUCUUGCAUUAUCUUUGGGCUUCUUUGGAAUAUAUUCUGGCCUUUCCUUUAGUAAAAGCGUUCAUACCGCUUUUUUCCCUUCGGUUUCAUCAUCCACUUUUUUUCCAAUUAGCAGAGUCCACCCAAUAGGCAAUUCCAGCUUUUAAUUUACGUGCGCAGGGGGUGACGGGAAGUAAGGCCGUAUCAUAUUGCUGAUUAUGCUGAAAAAUUUCAAAAAAACUGCCGAAACAACCGAAAUAUUUCAAUAUUUACAAGUAUAAGCUAUCACUCCGUGUUUUCACAGCCGCCAUCUUUAUUUUUCAGCAUAACCAGCAAUAUGAUACCUUACUUCCCAUCCUCCCCUGCGCGCAUAAACUAAAAGCUGGAAUUGCCUAUUGCGCUUUGAGUCUUGGUCAUUCACCUUCUGUUGGGUGUAAGGAAGUUAGGGUUAGGAGUAGCAGGCACUAGUGUGUUAUCACAGCAGGUACAGGAGUAGCUUGUAUACUUGUGGUGUUGUUUGAACAAGGCUUUCGACAGUUUCAGGAGCGGGAUAAUGAGUUGGUUAAACUGAUUUAGCUGAUCAGAAUACAGCUUGCUUUUUUCCACCGCAGCAAGCUGUGGUGCUUCCAUGAUCUCUUGCAUUCGCUGGUCGGUGUUAUACAAUACAAAAGGUGGUUGAUGGUAGGACUGGGCUUGUACAUAUUGUAGCAAUACAUGAAAUGGUCCAUGCAUGGUUAUUUUUUCCCGACCAUGUUUGUAACUGCAAGGGUGAUCUUUUGGUAAUAAACCCUUUCGACAUAUAUCACAUUGAUAAGACAUCUUUACACCGUUGAAGUUCAAUUUCAGAUACAAAAUCAUGCAUUAUAAGACUAAUCCUAACACCAAUCCUAAAGAAAAGGGAGAUACGAAUAAUGUUAAAAAUAAGAAACCCAAACCAAGGGCCCGUCCUAACCAUGCACAAGCAUUAAACCAAACUUCUGACAUUAUUCUUUAGAGCAACUUCUGGUUAUAGGGCUGGGUAUUAAGACUAUAGUUGUGACUGUAGUCUAAGUAGUCAUGACAUAUUCUUCAGGGAAGCUUAAGGGAAGAGGAAGGGAAGCCUUAAGGGAAGCCUUCUAUGAAAUUUGAAAUGGCCUCUGAAAUUUGUCUUCAUUUUUAGUUUAUUAGUAAGUUGGUUGGUUUGGAGUUGUAUCACUAAAUACUAAUUUUAUACACUGUAUAUGCAUUAUAACUGUUUGAAAGAGUGCGAAUGAUUAUAAAUUUAAAGUUCUGUGCGUUUAAGACGAAUAAUUCUUUUUUUUCUUUUAGAAAACCAAAUGUUUCGAAUUCUGCAAAAUUACUGCACUUGCGAAUUCAAAUCAGAGAGAUGCUGAUAGAUAUCCUAAGUAGAGUUACAACACUAGUGUCUAGUGAAGUACGUACUGUGUCGUACAAACAUGUUAUUACAGACAUGUUAUUCAUAACUUAAUAUGUUGGUAUGCUUGGUGGAAAACACCUGGAUCUUUUAUUGUUGGAAAGAUUCCGAUCCGUAUAAUCCCAAAUCUUUAUCAGUGCUAUUUAAGAAAUGGAAAACAUUUCCGUGUUUCUAUACAGUUAUAUAAAAACACACGUGGGAGUUUGGGAGAACGAGAAAUAAUCCACGUUACUCGAGUUCUCCCAAACAACCACGCGUGUUUCUAUAUAACUGUAUAGAAACACGGGAAAGAAUGCUUUCUAUUUCUUUUAUAAUAUAACUCAAGAAUAGGUUUUAUAUCAAUUAAUUUACAAAUUCUCAUUACCAUGUGAUCGGUAAAGCACAAAAUAGUAAAGUUCUCCUCUAUGUUUCGAACUGAAGUUUCAAAAUUGUUAUGAUCAAAAAUAAGAACAUGCCAGUCGGGCAUCUGGAGGGCACUAGAGCAGGUGAAAGGAGUGGCUCGCCCCGUAAGAAAGUUGUAACAAUUUCCUUUCAUGUUUGUGAUGUUACUCUGAGUGUGCAUCCACACCGGAAAAGCUGAAAAGUUAGCUUGGCUACGGUGGGAAUCGAACCCGCGACCUUUGGGAUACUAGUUCAAUGCGCUUCCAACUGAGCUACGCGCUUCCAACUGAGCUACGUGGUCAACUCGGUUCGAGUUGAUGAUAUUUCGGAACUGAGUCUAGUUCCUUCGAUAUCAGUGUGUUCUAUGAUAUAUGAUUAUUUUGUGUGUGUUGGUGUUAUGUACUCAGGUGAAUAUGAUGUUUGUAAUGUUACUCUGAGUGUGCAUCCACACCGGGAAAGUGUGUGUGUUGGUGUUAUGUACUCAGGUGAAUCACUUGACCACGUAGCUCAGUUGGCAGAGUAUUGGACUAGUAUGCCAAAGGUCGAGGGUUCGAUUCCCACCGUGGCCAAGCUAACUUUUUCGGCUUGCUCAGUGAGGAUGCACACUCAGAGUAACAUCACAAACAUCAUAUUCACCUGAGUACAUAACACCAACACAUACAAAAUAAUUUGCUUUCAACCAAUAGGAGAUCUUUUAGUUUUAGUUAAAAUAAUUAGUAAUAAAUUUUAGGCACAAACGUUUUGACGAGUGAAAUUUGCAGCAAUAGACGGGUGGGAAAAUGUUAGCAACCCAAAUUCGAACAAUUUUGUUUUUGUUAAUAACUGCCAUAAUAAACGUUUGUUUAUUUUUGUAGUAUGUUUCCCGACAGUUUGCCAGUUCUUUGGAGAGUUGUACAAGAGUUCCUGAAGAGGUACUGAACGUAUGCUUACAUUAAUUGUUGAUACUUUAAUGGUCGGAAUUUCUCCCACUGUAAAUGAACAUUGCUGCAUGGUGCAGCCAUAUGCAGUAGAAAUGAUAAAAAGUUCUUUCACGACGUGCUCUAUGACAAAUAAUGAAUGUUUGUUAGUGCAAUGGUGAAAAUAUUGUCAUGCACGAGUGCAAGAUGGAAUUUUCCAUUCCACGAAGCGACACUUAAUAUUGUCGUAAAAAUAUUAUUUUUGCACGAGCCAUUUUGCUUCAUUUUUGCUUCUGCAAUGGAACAAAACGUACAGUACAAAAAUACACUGCUGGAAGUGGAAUCAUUGCACUCUCAAUAAAAUGGGAAUUUUUAUUCAAUAUCAUGUGAUCAUAAUCAGCCAAUUAAAUACCAGAAUAUAAUAAGGUGUUAUAUAAAGACAAUUUGAAGUAUUACUGCAGCGUACUAUAUUAUUAUAAACGUAGAGCCGUGUCUUGAUCCUUUAUAAAUAUCUUCGUUUAAUUCAUCAUGUGGUCUAUUGAUCCACUGGGUUAUUAGCGAUUUGUACACGGCUAUCGGAAACAGUUAUACAAUUAAUAAAAGUAUAUCAUUUUUGUUUCUCGUUUUUGUUACAGUUGACUAAUAGCAGUGCAGUUGCAGUUGUAGAAAUACUUUACAAUCUAACGGCAAGAACACAACAUGGUCAUGAACAGAGUUUAGAGUUGGCGAAAGAUUUUCAAGAAAACAUUCUCAAAGUUGCAAGUAGGAUAAAAACGAAAAUGAGUAGCGAAGAAUAUGAAUUGAAAUUAUUGGAAUCUCUUAAUAAUCUUUUUGAGGUAAUAAUAUGCUUCUUGUUGUUUUUUAAAAUUGUGUAACCUUUUCACAUUUACAUAAAUGUCAGAAGGAGAGACGCUUGAAAAAGCUGUUACACGAACAAGAAAUAUGGGUACUGAAUAAAUAAAACGAUGUGAUUAAACUAUUUCAUUUUGUGGCAAAAUCUAUGAGAAAUUGAGAUACUUUAGAUAGUCUAUUGGGAUAUAAAAUAUAAUUAUAUACUACUACAACAACAAUUGUGCUAGUUUACAUGGUUUUAAGAAUAAAAAUAUAAUUCUAGUAAAACAUAUUAAAACCAAAAUUGUAUUAAGUACCGAAAUUGUAUUGAGUACUGUCGAACCUCUCCUUACGGACACCUCUCUAAUAGGGAGACCUCUCUAUUACGGCCAGGUUCCAAUGUCUUGACAUGAAUGUUUUACUUUAUAUUUUCUUUUCUUUCAAGGAUACACUGAAGACAAAAUUCGUGCGGACUCCUUUGGAAAUAAUCAACAUUAACAAGAACGUCUUCAACGCAUGUCUUAUGAAAUUAUCGCCCUAUCGUAGUGAAGAAGUUCGUUUCAAGUGCGGGGAAACACAUGUAAUGUUGAACACAAGAAGUUAUGAAGUUUCCAAAAAAAUUUAUGACUGUGAUUUAUUUGGGUGUGGUUUACAAGCUGUAACCAUGGAAAUUAAUCCUUUCAGAGAUGAUGAUAAGUACCAAGUAUGUCUUUCUAAUUCUUCCAUUUCACAUUGUACAAUUCCCUCUUUUUCUGCCAACUCUGGUGCAGUAUUUUUCCUGAGUGCCACUCACUGUUUUGGUCUUCUUUCCUUUCACUGACUUGAAGCAGAAAAAUUGUUUAUGCAGAAUACGAGUAUUUACACUAGAUAUAGCUCGAUCACCUCCAUGAGUUCUAAAUUAUAGCUAAGCAGCUAUUUACAUUUACAUUACAUUAUUAUUCAGCUCACUCCCCAUUGGGGCUUUUCAGUGACUGAUUACAUGACGUAUUACGCUCAUGUUAUACUAAGCCUAUAGAGUAUUUAUCUCUACAACAAUUGAGAUAUUACUUUCCUAACUGUGUUUAUCCUAACCCUGCACCCUUGCAACUUUACCCUGUGGGAGGAAACCGGAGCAUCCGGAGAAAACCCACGACUUUCGGCAGAGCGUUGACUGACUCUUUUCACAUGAGUUCGUAGCGAGAAUCGAACCCACGAUCUCAGGUGAAAGCAUUGAACUAAAAAUAACUGGAACGCUACGUUCAAGCGGAAAUUUGAAGCUAAAUUCUACAAGGUCGUACACAGGCUUUAAAAGGCCCGUUUUAAACUUAAAAGGCCCGUUUCCCUUUCGAUUUGCAUCCUGCCAUGAAAACGUUCAAAACGGCAUGCUUCGAGCGUCCCCUGCAUUGUCUCGCGAGUAAAUCGCGCAGUAGAAACACGCGUGGAAGUGCGUGUCUGGGAGUCAAAACUGGCUUCAUUUGGCUUCAUGGGAGUCAAAUUUUGGCUUCAAAAUUUGCAUGCGCAGUUUACUGAACGUAGCGUUCCAGUUAUUUUUAGUUCAAUGGGUGAAAGGCGCUUGCUCUGACGACUGCGCCAUCGAAGCCCCAUGACGUAUUUGGGCCUACGUAAGCUUUAAUUUACCUUCUCGUAAGCGUCUUCUAGAUGCGCUGGAAUAUUGUUCUGGAAUAUUUUUCAAUUGUAGAAAAUAUCUUCUUUAACAAAAUUGAAAAUACACAACUGCAAGCGAAUGAAGAAUUGUGCAGAAAAGAUAACUAAAGUGAAACUGCUGUUUCCUAUCAGAUUUGACAAUGUAAGUGAUAACUUUGAUGUUGUUUUGCAGCACUUGUUACUUUGCAAAAUUCACUUCUCAAAACUUUUAAUUUAUGGCUCAAGUUUCAUGACAAUUUGACUAGGCUUACGACUUAUUUACUUCGUUAAUCAGCUGCAUGUCUUUUACUAACUUAGAAAUAUUGAAGGGCGGGUCGCCGGGUUCGCAAUUCUCAUCUUCCCCCUUGGUCCGUCAUUGGCUGAAACGAUACAAAACAGAGAAUUUAACCGACUAUAUGACUAAUCAUGGUUUAAUCUAUAGGACAGAUAUUUACCGUAAUAAUAAUAAUUGACAUAGUGUUGCUUCCGCGAGUUCUUAAACCCAUAUUUUAACCGUUGAGAGUUGGGUCUAAAACCAUUGAAAAUUGACCCUCUUUAAGGCUUAACUUGAUGAAUUUCACUUCGUUAAACUACACACAUAUUCAUAAUUACUAUCAAGUAGGAAUAAAUCUUAGCUAUGCUAUGAAGAGUUCGUGAUUAAUUGCUUUUUUCUUUUGUUAUACUGCUUUAAUGAGGCACAGAGGUGAAAAUAUGCGAUUCUGACUAACAUUUUUAUCGGACUCGUACUUGCUCAUUUUUUCUCCACUUGGCAUGAAACACAUGUUUAUUCAAUAGCUAAAAGCCUGAUCUUUCCGAAUAUGAAUUAAUGACUUUUAGCGAUUCCCGGCAAGCCUUUCGCGCUCGAAUUCGACUUUUCCGCUUUGCUAAUGAUUUUUUGGCGAUCUCAGCAAGCCUUUAAUUCGCGCUCGUAUUCGACUUUUCCGCUUUGCUCGCGGGGACAACCUUAAUUGAAAUAGCUGUAUACAAAAUUAACUUCUCAUCUAAGACCAACAUUUCUUACUGACCAAGAACAAAGGUCACACGUACUAUAAUGACAUGUGACACCUGUAGUAAGUUAAUGAUGCUAUUGAAUUAUCUCACAGGAUACUGUAUUUUAUUCAUUACAUGUAGAAUACAGUACAACCUGCAAUAUACCGUCUAAGUGCCAGGACAAGUCAUCUAUUUACUUUGAAACAAGAUACGAAAAAUGUUCUGUACGUUGAACUGGUUCCUGUUGGUUCAUUGUCAAAGAAGUUAAGACUGAGAAUUGUAAUAAGGUUGGUGUCGUUUACAAAAUUAUGGUUUCUACUAUAUUUGUCUUUAAAUUAUGCCUUACCAAGUUAAUUAUUUGAAUAUUUGGUACAUACAUGUACUGUAAAUAGAUAGCGUUCAAUUUCUUUCGAAAAAUACAGUAUGUCGGGUGAAUUUGCAUAUAUAAGGAAAAAUUUUAACACUUGCUGGCUAAUUGAAGAAAGUUCGUGACCAUAUUUCUCCCUGAUAUCUAAAUACAGAACUAACGCGGUUAAAACCAUUUGUCGUCAGUAUUGCAUGACUAUUGUAAUUCAUCUGGUAUUCUUAAUACAAUGUACGACAAUAUAAUAACAUGUAAUAUAGCGCUAUAACGUCAGGACUUAAAUACGAUGUGUUAUGUUGUAGAUGUGCUGAUGAAAUAUUCCGCUUUCUCUCUGAAUCAUCAUUUUCCACUCACAUGGAACGUGUUCAGAAAUUUUUCCCUCCUAACUACUUCAGUGAUAAAUGUAAGUAAAUCUGCCAGUUGACGUGAUUCUGCUAAAGCUUCGUCUUCAUAAUGAUAAUAAUAAUUACAAAGAUGAUGAGGUAUUUCAUGUCGAUUACACAGGAUUUGGUCGCCCGAGUCAGAGGUCCAUAAUACCUGCGUGAUUGACAACUAGGCGUCAUGGUUAGUUUUUGAUGAGGGAAGGCGGGAAAAUCCCUCGAAGCAAUCAAAUUCAAAUUCUACUUACACGACGCAUGAUAUUUUAAGUACAGGCCCAGACAUUCGCUUUGUGUUUCUUUUUAUAUCAGGUAAAGACUUAAAUGUUACGGUUGAUCUUAAGUGGGAAGUGGAGCCGUCAAGAUAUGAGGUAUAUAAUUGUCUGCAUAGGUGAGGGUAUUUUGGAAUAGACUCGUUGCUUUCAUUAGGAGAAAAUUUUUGCUUCUAUAGUCAAGUGCAACGGCUCGAACUCGGGGCAGACAAUAUGAUCCUGAUUACGUUUAGUAAUGUGAUUAUUUCGUGUGCAUUCAAACGUGUUCUGCCUACACAAGCAAAAUAGUGCCGAGAAUAGUGCCAUGUAACACUUCUUGCACUUAUUAGUUAUGGAUCCGCAAUCUCUCAAGCCGGGCUGUCUACUUCUGCUAGAGAGCCUGGCUUGCGAGAUUGAUGGAUCCGUAGCAAAAACGUAGCGGUUCGUUACAAUGUUUCUUCCAGAUGUGAUGCAUGAGCUCAGUUUAAGGUAGCAUAUAGACAUCAUAUCUAAAUAAAUCGAUUUAAUUUGGAAAACAGGGGAAGGGAAAUAACAGUAGGAAUGAAAACAUUAAGGCUUUGUUAAAACCAGUCCGAUAAAAAAUUUGAAUAAGGUUACACGUGUUCCAACAUCUUCCAAUAUUACCAUGCAAACAUAAUGUUUCAAACGAAUGCAACACGAACGAUGUUAGGUCAACCAUGUUGGAUCGGUUUGAACCACUCUGGUUCCAGAAGUUUAUUUUCAUUGCAUAUGAUAUUAGAAACGGCGAAAAUAUAUUAGCUAUCGUGUGAGGACAUUCAAUUAAUAAUGAACCAAUCAGAACACACCUUACACGUGACAAAUUUUUAGCUGAACCAAUCAGAGAACUUCUUUGUGCAGUCAUCCAAUCAGGAGACAGAAUUCGACACGUACUACUUUAAAACCGAUUAGCUUGCUGACUAUAAAGCCUUGAGAUUGAGUACUGUAUUGCACACUUCGAAAUAAUUCAUAGUUUGAGAGUCAUCCAACAAUGCUGAAGCCAUUCAACAGUAGUAUUUAAUCCAAGCUAGUUUCUUUAUUGACCCUGAUCGUUUCGUGGAAACGUUUUUUAGUACAUUAGCAUUGAAUUACCCUAUUUUAAUGUUUAAUUUGAGUUAAUUAACUUUGUGAACAAUAGCAUGCAAUUACCCUAUUUGAAUGCUUGAUUUGAGUUAAUUAACUUCGUGUAUAUUUAGUCACUACGAACUGAAGUGAUGUAUAAUCUAAAUGUGAGGUCACUCGACUGUCUCUUAAAGAAACAUAAUGGCGAGUGGUCCGAAGGUUCAUGUAAUUGUGAAACAGAUUCGCCUGUUCAUUCGUUAAAUUGCAG